AUGCCCAUUAUUUGUGAGCUUUAUGCUUGUGCCUCUUUCUCAUGGCUUCUUGCCAAGCCAGCUAUGUUAUUUACCCUUAUAGAUUAUGUGUUCACACUUCUUUUUAUUUCCAUUUCCAUUUCAUUUUCGGGAACCACCAGACGCGAGAAAGAGAGAGAGAAAUCUAGAAAAAAAAAGCAGAGAGAGAUCACCGCCUCUGCUCUUCUCCGAUCCUAUCUGGUCACCGACGUUCUCCAUUCUUCCUCCUCCGCUGAUCAGCUCGCCGUCGACAGGUGCAUGAGUUCUGUCCGUGUUGCUGUGUGUGGGUGCUUCAAGAUUUUCUUUCUAUUUCAUUCUUUGUUCUGCCUCCUCUACUGUCGACGGUGCACUUCCGGUAGGUGCGUGAGGAGCUUGAUCCGCCAGAGUAGGAGGAUCUUCCUACAAGUUCUUCUUCUUCCCUCUUCGCUGCAGUCGACUUCGUCUUCCUCAAUUUUGAGUGGCCAAAAUUCUUCCCCUGUUCAGCCAUAUAAUCUAUCUUCUUCUUCCUUGCUUGUGUUUCGUUGGCUACUUGAGGACAAAGCAUUGACCUUCAGUACUAGUUUGGAAGUAAGUUAUGCACUUGAAAACUUUACAGAUAGCGUAGCUAAGGCUGUACGUCCUGCUGAUCACUGAAGGACUUCUUUUGCUGAAUUAUGUGUAGAUUUCUUUGGUAAAUAUCUUCUAUUGAUACAAAUAUGAAAUUUAUGUAUCAUAUUAUGAAAAAUAUAAUUAGGUGCUCCACAUAGACUAUAGUCAGGGUUCUUAUUUUGUUAUAUACUUUGUUUAUUGACUGGAAGGAGCAAAGCUCCUGGUUAUUGUGAUUUUUUUGAUUGAACGUUUUGUUGUAAAAUUUUCGGGAUGGUCCUAUUUACGAGGGAAGUUCUGCUGAAAUUUCUACAAGAAUAAGAAAGCUUUUAUGAAAAUGAUCAUGCAUGUUAUAAUUUAAUAUAAACAUAAUUAUGUUUUAGUAA